CUCCGGAGGGAUUACGGGAAGAAAUUGUGUUGCUCCAAAGAGGUGUUUGGCAGGCAGCAGGCUCAGUAGGAUUCGAUGGUAUUUUUUGGAAGGAUUUUUCAGUUUACCAGGUCUUUGAAAGUGUGGCCAAGAAAUAUGAUAUAAUGAAUGAUUCAAUGACUCUAGGGAUUCAUCGAGUGUGGAAGGAUAUCCUCAUGCAUAAAAUGAACCCUUCCCCAGGAACACUUCUUCUUGAUGUUGCUGGAGGAACAGGUGAUAUUGCCUUUCGAUUUAUUAAUUAUGUUCGCUCUGUACGAGAACGCCAGCUGCAGCGGAAGCUUAGGCACCAUCAGAAUUUAUCGUGGCAGGAAAUUUCUGAGAGUUACCAGGAAGACAAAUUUAAGUCACUAGGGGAUUCCCAAGUGGUGGUCUGUGACAUUAACAAAGAAAUGUUAAAAGUUGGAAAGCAGAAAGCACAGGAUCUUGGCUAUUCCGAAGGUUUGUCCUGGGUGCUUGGGAAUGCUGAAGAGUUGCCCUUUGAUGACGAUAAGUUUGAUGUUUACACAAUUGCCUUUGGAAUCCGAAAUGUAACUCGUAUUGAUUUGGCACUUCAGGAGGCCUAUCGUGUGCUGAAACCAGGAGGAAGAUUUCUCUGUCUUGAAUUUAGUCAUGUCAGCAACCCUCUUCUUUCCAGGCUCUACGAUCUAUACAGUUUCCAGGUUAUCCCUGUUCUGGGUGAGGUUAUCGCUGGUGACUGGAAGUCUUACCAGUAUCUCGUAGAGAGCAUCCGACGUUUCCCCCCUCAGGAGGAGUUGAAGGCAAUGAUAGAAGAUGCAGGGUUUUUUAAAGUGGAUUAUCAGAAUUUAAACUUGGGCAUUGUUGCCAUUCACUCAGGUUUCAAACUGUGAGUCUACUAUGUAGCAAAACACAGGAAGUGUAAUUUUCCCAAGGAAUAUGAAAGCUGUGGAAUUUUAACA